CAGUCGGCAGUUUUGUACGUGUCUUCAGUACAUUUAGUCAACCUACUGCAAAUGCCUUGGCAUGGGUUCGAGGACACGAGCAUCUUGCAGCGUAGUCUCUUUAUCUCCGGGAGUAAGUGAGACACUAGUACAGAGACUGUUGGGUAAGGGUGAUGCGCACUGAGAAGCCCCCCAAAAGGCUGUUGCUUCGCUUACUGGACUCACACGAGGAUGGAUAGAGUUUUUGCGUAACGGUUGAAAUGUCCGACUUCCACAACCGGAGCCAAACAAGCGCACGUCGCAGUGACUACGUGUGGCAGUAUGAAUAUUAUGACGACGAAGAGCCCGUGUCGUUCGAGGGACUCAAAGCGCACAGAUACUCCAUCGUCAUCGGCUUUUGGGUUGGACUUGCUGUGUUCGUGAUUUUCAUGUUCUUUGUUCUCACUCUGCUCACAAAGACAGGAGCGCCACAUCAAGAUAACCCAGACUCGGCUGAAAAGCGUCAUCGACCGGGAAGCUGUCUGGUAGACAUUGAUGGUCACCAGGAUGAAAACGACAAAGCCUUCUCACGUCCGUUGCUAGCAGGAUCCCGUUCAUAUUUUAAUUUCUACAUCAAUGAGGAAGACAAGGGUCACGGGAAGCAAAAAGUAGAAGAAAAGAGAGCUGGAAAGCACACCGGGGCCCGAGCCGAGCAGGGAACCUUCAACCGGAACAGAGGUGUCAGCUCCUCUGGGAUGGACGAGAUGGAAGAAGACAUUGAGGAGGCUGGGGUCCACCAACAGCUUACUGGACUAAUAGAACAGAGCAAGACAGACAGAGAGUGCACCUUUCUUUCUCACUUCAACAUCCCUAACUUUGUCAACUUGGAUCACAGUUCAACUCUUGGAGAGGAUGAUCUGCUAUAUGAGCCCUCAGUCAUACUAGAGCGUCAGUCUAAAUGUCACGAUGCUCACUUUGACAUCCACUAAGGCUCGUCCUGCAGAUAAGCAUGGUUAUAGUGAUACCGUAACACCAUUUGCUUUUUCAGAGGGUCAUUUAUGAACUGACAAUGAGAAAUAUACUCAUCACUAAGCUUCUGUGUAUGAAGUUUUGUUGUGUUUUUUUUACAGCCAACAACCAAGAGGGCACAAAACCUAGCUGACAGAUCAAUAUUCAGUGCAACUCAAAGUUAUAAGAUGAUAAUUCUUCCUGAAGUUGAAAUUGCCUCAGGCGAGAUACCUGUUAUUUUGAGUAUAGGCUCUGGAAAUGGACGCAGCUGUGCUGUACCUGGAUGAGAUGACAUUUUCACACAGGAACAGAUAAAAAUGGAAGAGUGCCAGGUUCACAAGGGAGAUUUUUUUUUUUUGUAGUUCUGUAGAAUUCAUCAUGUUGUUAUUGCUGUGUCGUUUUCCUUGUAGAAUUUUGAACGCUGGGCAUUAUCUUUUAAAAACGAAAUAAAUGCCAGCUGGUCUACCAACAAAUUUAAAAACUGUGAAUUAAUCAAGUUUUGUCCUAAGAUUAAGUGUUUAGAAAAGGUGAAGUGUAAUUCUGUGUAGCAAAAGGUAUAAUUAGUAGUACAAAAUCAAAUAUAUCAGAAUAGGGACUCGCAGGAGAAAAUACACAGCGCUUUUGUAGUCGGAAAAUCUAUUAAACUUACUGAAGGUGAAUGUUAACUGUUCUAAUAAAACUUAAAUGUUUUUGAAAUUAACUCACGUUUGGAGUGGUGCAGUAUUUUUCUGAAUGUUGUGUUUGGACUGACUCUCGCCUUCAUAUCUUUCAGGGACUCAAAUGUCUACGAGUACAAGAGAUGUGACUGCUUUCACCUGCGGUGACAAAGCAAAAGAGGAUUAUGGCUCUGCGGUUCAUCGCAUUAACAUUUACGUAACGAAUACAGAGGAUAACUACAGAGCAGUUGGCAGAAACCAGAAUCGCCCUAAAAAGUAAAGUUUGAUCCGGAUCACAGCUGUGAAAGAAAAUCUAUACCGUCAUUAUCCUUGUGUUUGGGGACAUUUUAACAGAAGAGCUCAUGCAUAAAAGCCUAAAUGCUGCACCCCUACUUGUCUUUAUUCAUGUAGAAAUAUCGCCCCCAGCUAAAUCAAAUUAAAAUUGUUUUGAACAAUAUCAGGUGAUAAUUAUGCAAAGGAACAUUGCUAGUUAUCAUUAUUACUUAACGGGGACUGCAUGAGUUACAUACAUUUGUCUGAUGGAAGGAUGUGCUGGGAAUGCUCGAGAGUUCAUCAGCAUUAAUGCGACACUGACUUCACUGAAGCAGCCUCUUAGGUUUUGACAAACAGCCCAUUAAUUCUUACCAGUGAAAAUUAAUGUAAAAAUAAAGACCUCUGACCUCGACUGACAUUUCUCAUAUUUCUUGAAAGGCAGGCGGUCGAGACCAGGCUCACAAAAUGUGGUUUGUUUGCCCGGAGCUUGUUGCAAGUAAGGCUUGUAACAUUUAUCCAAUAUUCUUUUUCUCUGGGCUAAAAUCACCAGAGGGAACACUAUA